ACACAGAGUGCGCCUGGACGGUGCAGCCCCGCUGCGUGUGGAGUGCAUAGAGCAAGGGAACCGGGCUCGGACUGCAGCCACUCAGAAACCGAACCGAGACACGGGCGCGGCGCUGAUGAGGGAGCCGGGCUGUGCUGCCAGCUCUCCUGCACACACCUGCUUGCCGGGACUCUAGCAGGCUAGUGCUGGCCCGUUUCAAAAGAGGUCAGUGAUCACCCCCCUUCCCCGGUCGAUGGCACGCGGCGCGGGAACCGAUUCAACCUGGCAGGCGAACGCCGUGAUGGGAGAGGAGUCCACAUCCAGCGGCUCUCCCCAGAACCUGCCACCGAUCUGCAGCCCUGACGAGGACCUGACCCGGCACAUCGAGAACCUGAUUGCGAUCGAGCUGGGCGCCUGCUGCCUGUCCGACCUGGAGAACUCCGUCGACUUCUGCGACCCAAGCCUGGGGGUCGAGGACUAUCCUUCCACUGGGGAGAUGGAAAAAACCCUCACCGUGGCCACGGAUGGCUUGUCACAACUUUCUCGCCCUGCUGAUGCUCCCGGCUUGCCUGGGGAAAGCGUGGACGGUAAAUCGAACAGCGGCGUGUCUUCUUCGACCACGUGGCUCGCUGCCAGCUUGCUGGACCCGGCUUCCUCCUCGGCAGGCUGCUGUCCCGGGAAAGGAAUCGUCCCGGGUCUGACCGGCCACUUAAUAAACUUUGCGGAGCAGAGCGGAGGGGAGUUUCCCGCGGGACAGAGGGACGCGCCCCCCCACAACGACGCGGUGGGCUUCCCCUCCUGGCACGCCAGCGUGCUGGAGCCGUAUUCCGAUGUCAGCAGCUGCUCUGGGGAUGAAGCGCAGGAUAUAGAGGCCGGGCGAGACGGGAGUCUGACGAGGGAGGGGUGGGAUUCCAGCCCCCCCUCCCCGGAAGACGGCGGAAGAGGUGGAAGAACCGGGGGCGACUCGCCGGCUUUUGACGCCGAUAACGAGGAGGAGUCUGACGGCAGCGGCUCUCCGGCGAAUCCCGCCACUCCUCGCACGGCUGACGGAGGCGGCUUUCCAUGCCAGCAACAGGAAAAAAACGAUGCCGUGAAACCACAGGACUCUGAGAGCUCCCCAGAUAGUGAGGCUCACCCAGAAGGGGGUUCGUCCUCCGAAAGCAGAGACAGAUUGUCGGAGCCGCAGCAGAACGAUCGUCACACGGGGGGCGGUAUACUGGAAGAGUAUUCGAACAUCGGCAGCCCUGUGGAGGAUGUGGCUGAACCGUCCGCUCCCUGUAAUAUAGACGGUGUACGGGACAAUCAAACACAACAGAUACUGGUGCCUGUCUCCAAUCACGUCGCCAUCUCCUCGGAGAUAGAAAUAGAAACAGCCAGCGGCCCAGGGCACACUCCCAUCCAGGCUACGCAAGGACUCCAGGAAGCUGAAUUGAAUGCAAGCAAGUUGUGGGACAAGCCACCCGCACACGCCGAAAACUCUCUGCACCACUCACCCAUGCGUGAAGCGACUGCAGCCCCAGAUGAUGCAGGACUCCUUGCUGCUGCUGCUACAGCAGAGCUGCCGGGACGCUACUCGGAUGUGAGCAGCUGUUCAGAGGACGAGACGGGCAGCCCAACCCACCGUGCCGCAGAGGACGAUCCGCCCCAGCAGCGCGGAGAAAACCCGGCCAGGGAAACUGACUCGGGACCCCGUACCGGAGAAGGUCCGACAGCUUCGAACGCAGAAGAUCCAGUUCCAUGUGACGGACCACUGGGUUGGGGCUGGAAUGCACCCGGCUCUCCAGAGGCAGCGUCCGACGCAGAUCCCAGCAGUCCGCUCCUGCAUGAUGGAAGUUUACCAGAUCAGGAAUUGGAGGAGCCAGAGCUCAAGGAAAGCUUGGCGGAGACCAGCGAGUCGCAGGAGCCGAAAGAGAUGGAAGACUGGAAUGCCUGUCUGCUGGAGGGGGAGCCCGAGCGGGAAUCGGAGGACUCUGCAGCCGGCGUGAUGUCCGAAGAGAAGGAGGCGUACAGCCGGAGAGGCUCUGAGGAGAAAGUCGGUGGCUCUCAAUACAUGGACCUGGCUUCCUCCCUGAGCAUGGGGAGGAUUCUCUUUCCCGUUGUCGCGCUGAAAAGACCCCGCGGCCCCGGCACCCAGGAAUCCUACGACUGCGACGCGUGUGGGGAGAGUUUCAACAACGCGGAGGCCGUCAUCGCACACCACCACGGAGCCCACACCGAGCAGCGGCUGUACAACUGCCGGGAGUGCGCCGGCUUCUUCACCAGCAAGAGCUUCGUGGAGAGUCACCGGUGCAGGGAACCACCGGACUCCGGACCGCCGCCCGGCUUCUCCUCCGGGAAGAAGUCUGACAGCACGAGAGAGCACCUGAAGAAGUGCCGUAUGGCAGACGGACGCUACAAGUGUAGCCACUGCAGCGAGACCUUCGUGAAGACCUACGACCUGUACAGCCACGAGCGGAAGCACACAGGGACCACGCCUUUCCGCUGCCAGGACUGCGGACGCUAUUUCUCCCAGGUGCCCAAUCUCAAACGGCACAUCGAGACCGCCAGGGCAGGGGGGCGGAAGACCGGGUGCGUCAUGGGAAACGGAACGAAGAAACCGGACGAGGCGCCUGUGAAAAAAAGGCGUCCUGGCCCCAGGUCUUUCCAGGAGUCGCAGCAGCGGCUCCUGGCAGAGACAACGGCGAAGAAUGACCUCUACGAGAAUUGCUCCCGCUGCUAUGUCAGGCUGGUCGAUUUCAGGAAGCAGAAGGGUCGCAGGAAUGCGCAGCAGGCGCUGCAGGGAAGCUGCCCGCUGGCCGGGAAGGGUCCGUACGAGUGCACGGUGUGCGGGCUGAGCUUUCACGUGAGGAACUCGCUGCUCGCGCACAGCCUGGCGCACGGGGACGAGCCUCCCUUCAGGUGCUUCGCCUGCGUCAAGACGUUCGAGACGUCGUCCAACAGAGCGCGGCACGUCGCCAUGAACUGCCGGGCCGGGGAGGGCAAGCAGGGGCAGCUGCUGGCGAAGAUGAAGCGGGCCAGGGACGUCGACGCCAACCUGGGUCCCUACAAGUGUCCCAGGUGCCCCAUGAUUUUUAAAUACUCCUUCAACCGGAUUCGGCACGUGCGGCACCAGUGCCCCUACUCCUUGGCAAACAAGGCGGACCUGGUGGUGCCCAACCCUAACGGCACGGGCGACCUGUAUAAGUGCGCCCUGUGCCCCCAGCUCUUCACCCACCCCUCGAACAGGACCCGCCACAUGCGCCUGAGCUGCAAGAACGCUCGCGGGAAGCGGGACGGGCAGAAAGCCGGGGCGCAGAAAUCCGUGGCCGCGGCUGCAGAACGCAUGAGGAGAGCGAAACCGCAGGACAGCUCCGUCUUCCGCACCUCCGGGGACCCCGCCCAGCCGUACGCCUGCGAGUUCUGCCAGAAGAAGUUCCGGACGGGGCAGGAGUGCCGGGUGCACCGCCGCAUACACACCGGGGAGCGGCCUUACCGCUGCUCCUUCUGCGGGCUCCGGUUCAUCCAGUCGGGCCACUUGAGGGGCCACCUGCGCGUCCACGGCACGAGGUACCAGUGCGACAAGUGCAAGAAGGUGUGCGCCACGCUCGCUGAGCUGUUCAAACACAAGAGGGUGCACCGGAAAGGAGGACCCCAGGGGGACGAGGCGGAGGCGAAGAGGAAGGGGGUCCCCGACGAGGGACAAGGCGAGGACAGGCUGUAUGAGUGCGAGACCUGCAAGAAGCGCUUCUCCCUGGCCAGCCACCUGCAGCGCCACUUGCGCUCCCACGCGGGGCAGACCGCGUUCAAGUGCUCGGAGUGCGGCCAGGUUUUCGGCACCGCGCAGUCGCUGAAGCUGCACUGGCACAAGCACCGCUCCUUCAACCUGACGUGCAGGUUCUGCAGCAAAGCGUUCAGCCAGAGAGGGAGCCUGGUCCGGCACAUUCGCAUCCACACGGGCGAGAAGCCCUUCCCUUGCAGCCGGUGCGGGGAAUUCUUCCCGCGCUGGGACGCCCGUAAAGUGCACCAGCUUAAGUGCGCGGGCAGCAUGGCGGCAGCGGCAAGCGAGAGCGGCCCUGAGGAAAAAAAAGCGACGACGAAGGGGAAGGAGGCGCGCAGCGGAGCGGUUCGGAAGCUUGCGGGAGCGAGCGAUAACAGAUGCAAGAUCUGUCUGAAGAGCUACAGCAGCUUCCACAGCCUCAGCCGGCACCUCAACACCCACUCCCCUGUCAACCGAUACUUCUGCAGCAAGUGCAACAAGGGCUUCUACCGGAAAGACCACCACCUGAGCCACGAGGUGAGGUGCAACGGGGUCCCGAGGAAGCCGCGGGGCUCCCUGAAACCCUUCAAGUGCACCGUCUGCAAGAAGAGCUUGAGCCGGGUCGACUACCUGAAGUGUCACGUGAAGAAGUGCGCCGCUCGCCGGCUCCUCGAGGGAGGGGGGAAGCUGGGGGGCGACUCCGGUGCGUCGGGAGAUCAGCCUUCCCGGUCCCAGAACAGCACGACCGGCAGCGGCGGAAAAAACGGGCUGCCACCUCUUCUCCGCGUGAAGAAAGAACCGGUGGACGGAGGCGAAGGUCCCGGGCAGGAUGUCGAGCGUCGGCAGCACAAGUGCCCGCACUGCCACGUGACCACGAUGAGCCGGCAGAGUUUGGUGAAACACUUGUGUUUGCACGCCGGGGUGAGCCCGUUCCACUGCAGCCGGUGUGGGAGGGGCUACAACCGGAAAGACAGGUGGCGCCUCCACGAGAGUUACUGCACGGGUCAGGGUGGCGCUGCUGCUGCUGCUGGGAGGCAAUGGAAAAGAAGUAAAGACGGGCGCUUCAUGAAGCAGACGGGCACAGGAGGAGAGCCGCCAGCCGGGCAGUACCAAUGCAAGUUCUGCACCAAGAGCUUCCCGGGACCGAAAGGGUUGCGCCGGCACAUUCUGACCCACACGGACGUCAAGCCGUACCGCUGCGAGAAGUGCGAGAGCUGCUUCACCCGCUACGACUACCUCAAAGUGCACCUGCUGAGGUGUCGGGGCCAGCGCAGGUGGGCGAGGGCGGUGGAGCGCGGGGCGAGGGAGGAACCCGCCGACAGAACCCGGGAGGAGGAGGAGACGGCAGGACAAAAACCCGGCGACGACCGCCUGCGGAAGAAAGCCCCGGAGGGCAGCGGCGGCAGCAAGGACGGCGAGCCGGUGCGCUGCACCUACUGCCGGAGGACUUUCGACAGGAGGUCGGAUUUGGGGAGGCACGUCGCCAUGAUGCACUUGACCAGCAAACCUUUCAGGUGCACGUGGUGCGCACACACCUUCACGCAGCAGAGAGGCCUCCGCUUCCAUCAGAAGACGUGCAAGUCCGUCAAGCCUGUAGCCUCUGCGGCUCCUGCCGCCGGGGGGAAAGUAAACCCGAAACGCGUCGGACUGCGCUCGGCGCAGCAGGAACCUAGGAAAGCGGGAUCAGAAUCCCCCGGGACGAAAACCACCCCACAGGGGACUGGGGGAAGGGUCGGAGUCGGCAAGACUUGCCGGGAGACCUCCAAGCUCCUGCAGAGGAUCCAGACGCACUACGCCAGUCCGUACGAGUGCCAGUUCUGCGCCAAGCGGUGCAUAAGCAAAAUGGUUCUGAUCCGACACCUGCGGAUUCACACCGGGGAGAAGCCUUUCGGGUGCGGCCGCUGCGGCCAGCGCUUCAUCCGGAAGGACUAUCUGAAAAACCACCUGACAAAAUGCAGCCUGCGGCGAGAGGGAGCCGGGACCCGGGAGUCCGCGCUCUGUGAUAAGUGCGGAGAUUUCUUCGCCUCUCAGAGCAGCCUAAAAGCCCAUCAGAAAAGCUGCGUGGUGCUGCUGAAGCCCCCGGAGAGCGCGAGCAAAACCGGCGCCAGCGCAGCCGCUGCGGAAAUCCAGCAGGUCUUCAUCUGCGUGGAGUGCGGGGAGGGCUUUCAGAGUUUCGUUGAACUCCGGAGCCACCUGCAGCACGAGCACUGGAGCCGCGUCCAGUCCGACGAGCCGCCGCAGGGGAGCGAGCGGCAGGCGAAGGUUAACGGGCUUCUCCCCCGCGCCGUGACCGUCAAGCAAGAACCCGAGGACGACGGGUAUGAACUGCCGGCGAAGAGCGCUGAAAACGAGCCGAGGAAAGACACGCCCGUCCCGCUCCCCGCUCCCGUUCUCCCUCCCUCCUCGACGCCGAAUAAGAGGGCAGCGGCGGCUGCAAACACCACCUGCCCAUACUGCUUCAUGAAAUUCCGUCACAACGGGUCCCUCGUCACCCACAUCAGAGUGCACACGGGCGAGAAGCCGUUCGUGUGCGCGUGCUCGACGGCGUUCCACCGCAAGGACUACCUGCUGAAGCACGCCAAGAUCUGCAAGGAGGCGAGGCCUUUCCGGUGCGCUAACUGUCACCAGGACUUCAACCGGACGGACUUGCUCAAGAGACACUUGAGGAGAUGCGCCGCCCCCACCCCCAAGGGAGGGGCCCCCCGGGCCGAGGGGGGACCGGUGAAGGUGAAGGAGGAGCCGCAGAACGAGGACGACUGGCUGAAGAUCUACUCCAAGAACACGGUGCUGGUGAUCAACAGCGGCCCCAAAGCCACCGGCACUGGAGUCCUGCAGACACAAUUCUCCUGCAAAAUCGGGGACCAGCAAAACGGUGAGACAGAGGCCCCCGCUCCUUCCUCCUCUCCUCCUCCUCCUCCUUCUCCUCCUCCUCUGCAGAACCACGGCACUCCCCUCGCCGGGCGGAAGCGCUGCGGGCUCGAUCUCGCGAGCCCAUCGGAGACGCCGAGGAAGAAGCUGGAAUGCAACCUGUGUGGCGAGAGCUUCGACUUGCACAAGCAGCUCCAGAGACACAAGCGCGAGCACUCGGGGCUCGGCCCUUACAGGUGCGCGCAGUGCCCCCGGACCUUCCACUACCCCUCCGACUUGAAGCGCCACACCCACAUCAGGAGCUUCGGCAAGAGACCCAACAAGGACCCCGCCGAGACGGUGACCCACACCUGCAUCUUCUGCGAGAAGCAGUUUUCCAGUCGGAAGCUGCUCUUCAGACACAGGGAGGUCCAUCGGCACCAGAUCCGGUUCCAGUGCACCCGGUGUGAGAAGAGCUUCACCAUCCGGAAGUCUUACCUGCAGCACCGGCGCAAACACCUGUCGGAGGAGGAGGAGGAGGAGAGAGACAAAGGCAAGAGCCGGUCCUACGAAGACGAUUCGGAUUCCGAGCCUUGCCUCCCGUGCCACGUCUGCGGGAAGAGCUUCGCCUCCGUGGCGGCGUUGGAGGAGCACCAGCGCAGCCACCUGGGCAAGCAGCCCCACGAGUGCGGGCAGUGCGGACAGAGCUUCCUCCAGGAGUCCCAGCUGCGGCAUCACCAGCGCAGCCACGAGAGCCCGUUCCAGUGCGGCCCCUGCGGACGGGGGCUCCCGUCCCUGUUGGCACUCCGCAAGCACCAGAAAACCCACAACGUGCAGCGGCCCAUCCCCUGCCCGCAGUGCCCCCAGCGCUUCAUGUACCAGUCCCACCUGCGCAACCACCUGGAGACGCACUCGGGGGAGCCCUUUCCUUGCGACCUGUGCGGCAGGACCUUCGCCUGGAAGAGCACUCGGGACACUCACCGGAAAACGCACACGCUCCAGGAGACCGGGGCUGACCAACCACGGGAAGAAAGUGCAGCCCCAUCUCAACCGCCCCCGCCGUCCGCCACUGCCCCCCCUCCGUCUCCCCCUCCUCCUUCUCCAUCAUCUAAAGACAGAUCGGCCCGAGCCACGGGGGGGCUCCAGAGGGAGCUGGCCCAGCUGCAGCAGCCCGGAAGAGGAGGAGAGGAGUGGAGGUUCUCCUGUCAGAUCUGCGGCAAGGGUUUCCGGUACCGGAGCAAGCUGGCUGAGCACCAGGGGCACCACGGCGCCGAGCGACCCUUCACCUGCGUGGACUGCGGCCGCCGCUUCGACCAAGGGUUCCAGCUCCAGGAGCACCGGCUGAGCCACGCGCCCAGGAAACCAGAGCAGAAGGAGGAGGAGGAAAAGGAGAAGCCGUACCAGUGCCACACCUGCAACAAACGCUUCCAGCGCAAGAGCAACUUCACGGUGCACCAGAAGAGCCACGUGGAGCCCACGCUGUACGAGUGCACGGAGUGUGGCGGCGGCUUCCAGGGGAUGGGGGCCUUCAAGAAGCACCGGUGCGUCCGCAAGAAGAAGAAGGACUCCUCGCACCGGCAGUCAGCCGGGGUCCAGCUGGGAUCGGACUCCGACGAGGAAGGGUUCUCUUCCCGGUUCCCAUGCCACGUCUGCGGGAAAAGCUUCUCGACCUUCCGGAAACUGGAGGAGCACCAGCGCUACCACACCGGGGAGCGGCCCUUCGAGUGCCAGGAGUGCGGCAAGCGCUUCUACCAAGCGGGGCACCUGAGCAAACACCGGAAGACCCACGGGCGGCAGCACCAGUGCGAGCAGUGCCCCCGCAGCUUCAGCACGCUGCAGGCCUUCCUGCAGCACCAGGGUCUCCACGACAGCGCGCCCCCGCGCCGCCGCCCCCUCCGCCACCAGUGCCCGCUCUGCCUCAAGUGGUUCGUGUCGCCCUCCGACCUGGCGCGCCACGAGAGGACCCACGCCCCCAAGGGCCAGCCCGUGUUCCAGUGCGACGUGUGCUGGAUGACCUUCGGACAGGCUGCACAGCUGAGGGUCCACCGCGAGAGCCACGUGGGCGAGGUGGUGUACGAGUGCCCGGACUGCGAUAUGGUCUUCGCCUCCUUCCAGCUGCUGGAGCAGCACCAGAGCGUGCAUCAGGACGGGGCGGGGGGGUCAAGCCUGAACGGGAGCCCCCCGGACCCCCAGAGCCUCGGCGCGUCGGGCUAUCUCUCCGCGGACCACGCCCACGGGGGCGGGGCUGUUGUGAUGGCGCAGGUUUGAUAAGGAAGGGGUACUUUAAUUCCGAGCUGUGAAACGGAAACUCUGCCCCCGUGCCGGUGUCCGCUACCCCGCCUCUGUUUUUAAUGAUCUAAACGGUGGCGGAUCUUAAUACCGCCACCCUAAGAGGUGUGUCUACCCGCCAUCUUCAUUGCACUUUGUUUUUGAGUGUUUUUUCCCCGAAAGUACUGUUGAUAAGAAUCUGCUUUGCAGCGCGCCCUGGAGACUGCAGCUGUAUUCAUGCAGAGGUGAAGAGAGACUGUAGAGAUGGGA